AUAGUUCAUAAUUUGCUGCUCUCUUCAUUCAUCUCCUUUGCCGCUUGGAGGCUUCGUGUUUCUCUUUUGCCUCUUCUCUGUGGCUCUUACUUCUUCCUGCAGUGACACCGUCCUUCCACUAGGGCUUCCCAAGACGCUUUCUCCGCCGCCGCCGCUCUGCCUUAUCCGAGCACAAUGAAAGCCUGUGUGUCCCCGUAACCCCCGUGCAGUGAGCCCGUAUCGGCAAAGCAGCUAACAACAGACAAGAAAGAGAAAGGGAUAUUACAAGGUACUUUUCACUUAUCAAGUGGGGGAAUCCAACAGAGUCAUCGCCGAUAAUUGCACCGCAAACACCUAGCCCCACGGUUUGGGGGAUGGAAUAUGCAAAAACACAAAGGAAAAUCAGUGGACUACUCUGGGUGCGAAAUGCUGGAAGUUUAGGAGCUCCAAUAUUAGCAGCAGACAGUUGGAGACAGUAAUAAAACACGAAGACUGGAGAGCAAAGAGAGAGAGAGAGACGAGAAAACACAAAGACUUAACUCAUCUGAACCUCCUCCUCCUCCCGCCCCUUUAUCUGCACGUUUAUUGAAGGCUUAUAAAAAAAAUCCUCUCGACCAAAUUAAAACAAACCAAAAUAAGGGAAAGUCUUUGAGUUCCUGCGCCCCAUCACUGCAAUUUCUUCCUCUGGAGAAAUUUCCCCUUAAAGAAUCUCUCCCUCCUCCCCAAAAUUAAAUAAAUAAAGUCGCCAAGUUUCACUCAUUUGGGAGGGAGAAUCCCUCCGUCUAGGGGACUGUUUUUUUUUUUUAAGGCAGUGGGAUGGUGGUUUGAUUUGUUUUAUUAUUAUUCCGCUUUAGAAAGGUCUCUCCCCCCCACCCCCGGGAUUUUUGCUGUGUGCAUCCAUGAGCCCUUCACCCUCCCCCUUGUGCUAAUUUGUUUUUAUCUCCCUCCUUCAAAUCUUCAAAUGGUUAUCUGCAGUCUUGGGACGCAAACCGCCCAUCAUCUUUAAUUCUAUGUUGGCAAAUACCUAGCGAUCGCGGGUCAAUCCCAUCCCGCCCCCACCCCAGCUCCGGCAAACUCCUCCGGAGAGGUCAAGCCCGAUUGCUAAGGGGUGGGGGUGGGGGAGGCUGAUCGAGAUUUGGGGACUGCCUGGCCCGGGCUCGGGAUCCCUUCUCCCCCCCAGCCAGCCAGACCAUCCCUACCUCCCCGUCCCCAUCCAUGUGGCAGUGAGAACAGAGCUCAGCGUUGUCAGGGGCAGCAUCGCAGGCGCUACCCAGCCGGAGCAGCGAGCAGCAGCGUGGCCGGCAGGAUGGGGGACACGGCUCCCCCCCAGGCCCCGGAUCUCGGGGCCGGUCUCCUGGGAGGGGGCUCGGUGGCCCCCCGGGUGCACAGCGCCAUCGUGGAGCGGCUGCGAGCCCGCAUCGCCGUCUGCCGCCAGCACCACCAGAGCUGCGAGGGACGCUACGAGCGGGGCCGGGCGGAGAGCUCGGACCGCGAGCGGGAGAGCACCCUGCAGCUGCUGAACCUGGUGCAGCACGGCCAGGGGGCCAGGAAGAGCGGCAAGCACAGCAAGGGGGCUAGCAGCGCCGGCCCGGCUCCCUCUGCCGCGCCGCCGGACUAUCACCCGCAGCUGCUCAGCAACGGGGCUGCUGGGGGCAGAAGUGGGAUCAACGGGGAGCAGCAGCAGCAGCCGGGCUCAGCGGCCGACGGGGGGCAGAGGAACUCGGCCCUCAUUGCGCUCCAGGGCUCCUUGAAGAGGAAGUUGGUGGUAAAUCUAUCACCUGUUAACAACAAAAGACCCAAUGGUAUUUCAGAUAACUCUUUCCUUGAUAUUAAGAGGAUACGAGUGGGUGAUAACCUUUCUAUGGGACAAGGCGGACAUGUUAACAAUUGCCAAAGCCAGUCAAUGUCAGGAACCUUGUCUGUGGGGCAAGGAUCACAAAGAAAGACCAGCAACCUAACAAACAAUACCCACUCUAGUGGGCAUAUAUUUAAUAUGCCUUUGAAAGAGGUCAAGAAAGAACCAGGAGAAACCAUAUCUUGCAGCAAACACCUGGAUGAUCAGAUGUCCCAUGAAAACAUUUUCCCUAACAGAUAUGGGGAAGAUACAGGGGAACAGAUGAUGGACCCAGAGCUUCAGGAGUUGUUUAAUGAACUGACUAACAUAUCGGUGCCACCAAUGAGUGAUCUUGAACUAGAAAAUAUGAUAAACGCCACCAUAAAACAAGAUGAGCCGUUUAACAUUGAUCUUGGGCAGCAAAACCAGAGAGGCGCUGCUAGAUCUUCUCUGCAGAUGGAGAAAAUAGUGAUAAAAAGUGAAUAUUCGCCAGGCUUGAAUCAGGCACCUGUGGGCUCCCCUCAAAUGAGGCCUUCUUCUACAGGACCAGCCUUCACUAUAUCCAGCGCUGCCAUGUCCACCUCUUCACCAAUCCCUUCGGUGCCUCAGAAUCAAGCACAGUCGUCGCAGGUCUCUUCUGUCUCAAAUCGACCAUUGACUAACUGGCAAGAAGUAUCUCACGCCCAGCAGCUAAAACAAAUAGCAGCCAACCGACAACAGCAUGCCUUGAUUCAGCAGCAGCAAAACCAGCCAUCCAGCUGGCCCACCUUGUCCCCAUCAGGCCCUUCCCCAGGACAAUUCGUACAAGAGAAAAUUCCCAGCCCUUCCUUUCGUCAGCAGCAGUUCAGCCCCCAAAGUUCAGCCAUGCCUGGGGUACCUGUCAAUGGGAAUCAGUCCAAAGCAAUGAAUAACUACAUCUAUAAACCAAACGCCACAACCCAGAGCAGCCCCAUUGACAUCAUAAUGCAACCAAAGCCUCAGGAUCUCAAUAGAAACUUUAUAAACAACACUCAGUCACCACUAGAGCAGCAUCAUGGCAACACAAAGCCUUUGUGUCAUUUUAACUCAGAGCAAACUAACCAGCAGAUGCCUUCAGUUUUGGGAUCCCAAAGCAAGCCUUCUAUUCUGCACUAUCCUCAGCAGCUGCAGAGCCCUGGUGCAGUGCAACAGCAACAGCAGCAACCUACUCAACCUCUCCAAAACCAGCCUCUUCAAAGGCCACCAAACGUAUCCUUAGCAUUGCAGCAGAAGAUGAUCCUUCAGAAAAUGCAGCAAAGCCAACAAAUCUCAGGACUGCAGUAUCCCGUCUCUCAACAGCACAGACAGGAUCAACACUCUGUGAUAGGCCAAGGUGCAGGCCCCAGUCCAAGUUCCAGUACUUGCUCAAAUCCAAACACUGGAAGUGGUUACAUGAACUCAUCCCAGCAAUCAACGUUGAAUCAGCAACUGAUGGAAAAGAAACAAGCGUUGCAGAGGCAGAUGAUGGAGCAAAAGCAGCAGCUCCUUCUGCAGCAGCAGAUGUUGGCAGAAACAGAGAAAAUUACUCCUCAAGAUCAAUUGAACAGACACUUGACAAGGCCACCACCAGAUUACAAAGACCAGAGAAGGAAUGUGGUCAGCAUGCAACAAGCAAACCAGUAUUCUGGUGGUUCUCCAGCAGUGAGUAUGAGCUCCAGUCUGUCUUUAUCAAAUCCUAUUUCAACUCAUAGCAUUUUGUCACAGAAUUCUAGCCUUUUGACAACUCCCCAUGGAACCAGAAUGCCUUCUAUUUCAGCAGCCCGGAACAUGGGCUGUUACGGAAACAUUCCUUGCAAUCCACCAAGCUCAUACAACGUGACGUCAGGAAUGAACCAAGUGCAGCAACACAGAAACCAAAACCAAAUCAUAACCAGUCAAAAUAACCUCAUGAUGUCUCGCCAGCCAGCCCUGGCACAAGGAAACAACGUAACCGCUUUUGGGACUGGGUCAGCCGUUAACUCUCAGCAAGUGAGAGCAGGUUUAAACCACGGAGCGACAGGUAUCCCAGCACAAAGACCAUCGAAUGUGAUGAUCGCUUCCAGUGCUGCUGCUCAGAACUGGGCCCCUCAAGAGGCAGCAACAAAGCAGCAGGAUGCACUGAAACCUACAGGAGUUCGUUUCCCAGCGAGCGCUCCAUAUCCUAACCAGUCUCUGCAGCGCUCCAUAGGCAACCCGCAGUUUCCUCAGCAUGCUAUGGCACCUCCAAACCAAUUAACAACAGCAGCGCAAAUGAGACCUCCUCUAAACCAAAUGAACCAAACAAUAAACGGACAACCUGUUGGGUCACUAAGAGGUUUAAGUGUAGGAGCUAACCAGAUCAGAGCACAGACUGUGCCUAACUUGAAUCACCCAGGAACAAGUAUGACACCACCAUCAUCCCUGCCGUCAACCAGUUUUACAUCUACCAACCAAAACUCUAGGGCUUACCAAGGAACUGACCAUGGGAAUGACUUAGCCUUUGACUUUCUUAACCAUGGUGACAAUAUAGGGCCUGCACUCAACAGUGAUUCAGACUUCAUAGACUCUUUAUUGAAAACAGAGCCUGGUAAUGAUGACUGGAUGAAAGACAUCAACCUUGACGAAAUCUUGGGGAACCACUCAUAAGUGACAAUGCCGAUGAUAAAACAUACAUGCUCUAAGUUCUAAGAGGCAGGAUUGACUUUAGCUCUCUCUUUAAAGUCCAACAAUCUGCUUUAUUAAUUUACUCUCCAGUGGUUGGGCUGUUUAAGAACCAAUGGUUUAAAAUAAGGAUCCAAGUGGAGAGAUUGCUCUGUUUGAAGAGAUGGUCUAAGAACAAAAUCUGAUUCUAAAUCUUACCCCAGAUGAAAGUAUAAUGUAGGGUGAUAGUUAUAGUUGUCAAGCUAAAAACAGAUGAGGGGGUUUAUGGCCAACGCAUUAGAAGUGCACCUGUUGUUCUCAUGGGAGCUGUCUGCAUUUGGCUUAGGAUGUUGUAGAACAUGCAUUCUGCAAACAGAGGUCCUGAACGGUGUGCAGAUCAUGAAACUUCAUGUCUCAGAUGCAAGUGGCCACCUCACUAUGGGCUUGACUCCAUGCAGUCCGGAGCAAAGAGCUCAGUGCUCUCCACUCUCAUUGAGAGUACUCAGUGCCUCCCAAAAUCAGGCCCUCUGUACAACUAAUUCUUGUAUGUUAUAAAAAUUGUUUACUUCUACAUUGUAGAAACUCUCAUUUUUCCUUUCGAUUGAUUUCAUUUUAAACCACCUAACUUGUGUAGAAAAGGGCAAGUGGUUCCUUUCAAGGAAGGAGGAAAGCGGUUUGUGUGAGACACACCCAAGAGUGGUCGAUAGCUUUUACUCUCUCUCCUGGGAUUUGCUUUGUUGUAACAAGGGGAGGCUGUUUCUCCAAUAGGUAACAAGUUCGGUGUAGUUUCUGGUAUAAAUAUGCCAUCAGCCAUUCUAAAGUUCAAGGGCCAAAUUCUACUCCUUUGCUUGCACAGAUGGUGCCAGUGACUUGAAUGGACAGCUUGAGUGAAAUAGAGGUGGAAGAUUUGGCCCCAAAAGAAUACUUCCCCACUCCGUAUCUGAGUUCCACAUGUACCCAGCUAUUUGCUUCAUCCUUGCUCAAGCGCUGGGAUAUAUGUGCGUAUGGGAAGACUUCCAUUGUGAUUCAGUCUGACAACAUGCAGCGUGACUCCUGUGGAGAAUAUCCGUAGCUCUCUCAUUCACCAGGUCGAGGGAGUCAGAAGAGAGACACGCUUGAGCACUAAAAGUGCUGAUGACGGUUUGAUAGAUACUCACUGUGGGCCAGAUUCCGAUCCCUUUACUCAGGUUGAGUCAACCCUUGCUCUCUGAGUUGUCCCUCUGAAACCCAGAUGUAUAGCUAUGUAUUGAAAUAAAUGGGACUACUUGCAGAGUGAGAUACCCUUCAGCCAGAGUCAAGGUACCAGAAUCCGGCCAUACAAACUAGUUAAUUCACAGCCUGGUUAAAAUAAUGAGGAGUCAGACUAACAUGGCUACCCCUCUGAAACCUGACAGCCUGGUUACUCGCCCAGUCACUCUCCUAGCAGGAGGAUGAGGGAAGGGAUUCUGCCAGCAAGGUGAGAAAGAUGUUGCUUGCGCUGAUGUGGUGAGGAUCCUUCAAGAGGUUGUCUGAGUCAGAUAAGGCUAGGGAAUAUAGAGCCCAUUUGCAGAUGCCUGGAGAUGACCAGAAACAUAUUGCUUCAAAAGGUAUCACUAUACCACCAUUACAGGUUUUAAUUGAUCCAUCAUUUCUUUGUGGAGAAGUUCCUUCUUGAGGACUCCUGGCAUAUAUACACACAAGAGCAGCAGCUUCAGCGCCCUUGGAAAGGGGGCAACAUGUUCCCACAAUGCACUUGCCCAGCUGUGCUGGCCGGGGCAGGUGGGGUCAGAGCCAUGGUCCUAUCCUGGCCUCUCCCCCUUUCAGACACCACGAAGGUGAAAUGGAGGUGGGUGAGGAGGAAACUUCUCUACACCCUCCCUGCCUUAUGUGCUUGGGCAGAGCUUAGCCAGGGUCUUACUCUGAGCAAUCAGGUAUGACUCCAAGAAGGAGAGCUGCUUUGGGAUGGUGGAGAGGGGAAGACAUGCAUGGCACAAGAAGUGCUGAUGUCUGGAGGGAUUUAUCUCCAAGGAGACUCAGAUCAGCAGCCUCUUCACACCUUUAGAAAAGGGGCGUCAGCCUCCCAGUGCAGGGGGCCAGGGCUCUGACUACAUUUCUAACCCGCCCAGACACUCCCUUUCUGGAAUGCGCAGCACUGCCAGAACCAAUAGCCGCUCUCCCCCAACCACACCCCUUGGGCUCAGGGAGCAGGGCUGCCUCCUCUAUCCGAUCACUAAGGAAUGGAAGGGCAAAUAUUACUUAGCCCAAAAAAACAAAACAACUUUUCAGCACAAGUCACGUAACGUCCCACCUUGAUUUAGAGAGAAGCGAUAUGGACAUAUGGGAGUAGAGCGAUACCAGGGGUCUGAGCCUGCGCUGCCUGGCACCUGUAGCAAUCAGGAGCAGUUCCAUUUCUGCAAUGGAGUUACACCAGUUUAAAUCAGGUGUAGGAUCAAAAUCAGCCCACCUCUGUCACCCACACACAGGGUCAAUGAGCUGGUCAGCAGCGAUGCUAAAGCUCUUGCAUGAGUGAGUGAUUUCCUGUUCAACAGUGGCUGAGUAUGCACUCCUCCUUCCUUGCUCUUAUCACAAGCCCUGAGGAAGUGGGCUGGUAACCACCUAACACAGCAUAUGUACUCACGUGUCUCUGCUGUCCAAUAGCAAGGAGCCCCCUACCACAGCCCUGACUCAGGCAAAACUUGCAUUUUUUUCCUGAACAUUGAAGACCAGAUCCUCAGCUGGUGUAAAUGGGAACAGCUGAGAAUCUGCCCCAAACACUACAAGAUUUGGCCCUCAGCCUAAUCCAGCAUCCGUUGAAGUUAAUGGGAAUCUUUCCAUUGAUGGCCAGCAUUGGAUAAGGCCCUUAAUUGAGUCUAAAUUCUGUCACAAUUGUAUUAAACAAUAUAUAUUUUAAAUAAAUUUAAACUCACAUGCGGCAAAGGCCAUUUACUGUCCUGUUAAGAUAUACACGUGACAUUUUAAAUGUGAGCUUAUGAAUGACUUUUGUGACCAAAACUUGAAACCAGUCUCAGUUCUUAAGAACCCCGGUCUCUUUAAAACAAUCUCUCUUUCUGUAACAAUGGCUGCAUGCACUACCCUUAUAUUCUAUUUUUCACCCUAGACCAGGAGCUCUUUGCAGUAUUUGGUUGUAAAUAUAAAGAUUUAUUUGUUUUGUAAACUUUUGUAAAAACAAGAAAUUAAUAAUAAUAUUUUGGUAGGAAUAAUAAAAUCAUAUUCUUUGGGUUAUAUUUAUAUAUAUGUGAAAUAAAUAUACUAUCUACAAAGUUGUAUUUUAUACAAAAAGUAAAUGGUUACCUUUUGUAUUCUAAUAUACAAAGUUUUGUAUGGUAUGAUUGCUUAUUUUCAUCCUCAGACUUAAACAUUGGGUUGUGGGGGAGGACAGAAUGGGACCUUUGGGAUCUUUCCAUUGAUUUCAAGUGGCUUUGGAUCAAGCCUUUAAAAAUACUUCAGAUACAUUCAAAUCUGAAGCUCUCCUGAAACCUCAAUAUGAAAACAUUCCAGGUUUCAACACUUUUUUUAUUGUAGCUUUUGGUUUUUUUUAUAUGUAACUGUCAUGUCCUUGUUGCAUGUAUGUCUGCUUUAUACUUUCUCAUAUUAUAAAACAGUAUUUCUCUAUACAAACUGAAAGGAAAAAUUGCUGUACAUAAAUGUUUGUGUUUUAUGCAUUUUUACAUGUGGCUGUAUAUACCUCCUAGUACUAUGCAGUGACACUUAUUCGACUCCAUUUAUUUUUCACCUAAACAUUAAUAGUAUGUUUUUUUCAAUAGCUAUCAAAAUUCCACCAAGUAAAUCAAUCAAAAUGUUCUGGAUGUCUCUUUCCUUAAUGUGAAUUUCAUCAUUAAUGUCUAUUUAUUCAGAUAUUCAUUUGUUUCAUUAAAUUACAGGAAUAUUUUGAUAAAAUGCAUCCUACAAAUUCUGUUUGCUAAGACUGACCAUUUGAGAGGAAGAUUUGAUUUUUCUACAGGUUGAGGCAAUAUCUUCAUUAUUAUAAAUACAUUAAACUUUACUGUAGUAAUUAUCACAACAUUUUAAAACCUGGGUCACACUUUAUAUGAAGGCUCCAUUCAUAAAUAGAUUAUAAGGCACUUAUUAUUAAGAGUUAAUAAAUGAUUAAUAGACUUUUUAGUAAAGGGUAAAUUUAUUGUUACAGAACUUAGCUGGUCAAUCAUUUGCUUAUGACCGUAUAUAAUAUCUUCCACUGGUGUGCUUAUAACCAUUUGUAAACACAUACAACUCAUGUUUAUAACAUACUUGUAGCAUUUAUUAAUAAUUUACUAAUCCUUUAUAAGCCUUUUAUAAAUGGAACCUUAAUAGAAAGGUGUGACAAAAAUCUGCAUGUUUUGCGCUAUUGGAAUAUGAUUUGACAUUUACAUGAGUCAGAAAUAUCAGAGUACUAGAAUAUUUUAAAUGGAACUAACAUUUUUUCUCUUGAGUCUAAAUUGUGUCUGUUAAGCAGUGAUUCCCUUCUAGUUUGAUUUAAAUUCAGUAUCCAUGUAUCAUUACAUGUUAUCAUAAUCUCAAAGAAUUUCAACAUGUACAAGAUUAUUUUGUAUUGUGUGUGAUUUCACAUGGUUUAAAAUAUUAAUCGUAUCCUGGCUAUUUUUAGAAGUUCCACAAGUUCUGUGGAAUUGAUUUCUUGGCAAUGACAAAAUUUUCAUGCACUUCAGCUACUGUUUUAGUCUCUUGGUGGGUUAUGAAUUAGUUCCCAUAAAAUCAAGGCUAGUGGGCACCUGUUCUAAGGGGAACUAUUCAAUGCCAGUUUCAGCAGAAGGAUUUCUUGUGCCAUUUCAGAUUUAGGGAUUAGUUAAGGCUUUCUGCCUCUUACCUACUACACUGCUGCCCAACAUACCAGGCCUGUGGGUCAAGACACACAGGGUGAGUUUAUCCACUUAUACGCAAGGGCCAACACAAAGCAUAUUAACUUCUUGAGUCCCAUUUACGGCCUCUACAUGGGGUAAGUGGGACCGAAGUAGUUCAUAAGUCUUGUCUCAGCACUGCCAAAUGUCACGCACCUUGCACAGUACUCAUGCAUUUUCCUACCCUCCUACAGAGCAACCGUGAUUGCAUACACAGCCACGGAAAAGCACUAUAUUCAAGGGACAUGAUACUGGCCCUUUAAGGGCCCGAGGUGGGAGAGUAGCAGCUCAUAUUGCCCAGAAAGGAGCAGGCCAAGGAGUGAGAGCUGUCCCCAGCUAGUGAAGGCCCCCCUGACUGCUUCAGCCCAAUCCUCCGACUCCCCUUCUCAGCCCUGCACCCCCACCACACUAUUCCAGCCAUUCUGACCCGACCCCCAUGUCCCUGCCCCCAAACUCACCCCCACCCCUCCAGCUCCAGUCACGUGAGCUUCCAUGCUUCUGCCUGCCCAAUCCUCCAGCCCCCACACUGCUCCAGAUACCUUGACCCCCAUAUUAUUAUUCCUGACCUUCCCUGCUCCUCCCACAUUUUUGCACCACUCCCCUCUACUCCAGUUACUCAGUUGUGGGCUGCUGCCCCCCAAAAAUUGCUCCUGCCCCCACUGCCUUAAAAUUGCUACUGCUCUAAUGUCCAUCCCCUCCUAAGUCUAGGGGGAUGGCCCAGUGGCCUUUCCAUUCGCCCCUCUGGUGUGGUCUGGGAGUGAUCGGCUGCUCCAGCCUCAUUCUAUAAGGGAUUGCCCCUGGGGCUCGCUGCCCCCCAGUCUGUCGGGGAACACAUCCCCUUGUGCUGGCUGUGCUAAUCAGCUCCUGCACUUAGCUGGCUUGGGGAAGCCCUCUCCCUGCACCCACCCCAAUAGGAUGGGAAUUCCUUUGGGGGACGCCCCGACACUGGAGGGAGGAGCCUUUCCCGGGCUCUACUUUGCAUGGCAAAGACUGGGCCAACUCUCAGCCCCCUGCACAUAGAGUUGGGAAUCCCUGUCCCCCACCUCUGUCCAUUGGGAGGGGCCCAGCCCUUCCUGCCCCCUCCACCCCCUACUGCUAUUGAGCCCUCACCAUCACCACCACUGCCCCAGGGACAUACCUGUUGGCACAGGGAGGCUUUGCUUCCCCAAUGGCUGUGCAGCCGGCCACAGAGUUCAAGGCAUUCGUGCCCCAAGAGAUCAGUCCCACCUCCACAGCCUCAAGCACCGUCUCCUCCGCUUGCAACCUUGUUCCACUCCAGAGCUGGCUUUCCAGCAGCUGCUCCAUCUGGCCAGGGGGAAGUGACGAUGGCAACACAUUCCCAGUAUUCCUGAAGUCUGGCCCAGGGCUCCCUGGUUGGCCCCCAGCAGACACAGCGGCAGGAGCAUCAGGAUGCACAGAUGUUGGGGACACUCAUUGACUUUUGGGGAGAGGGGUCGGUAGCUGCAAUUGACUUUGUGGAGGGUGGGGGAGACUAUGCAGCUACUUGUGACACAUCUGGCUAAUGCAAAACCAUCACCCGCUAGGCCCAGCCCCAGCUGUGAGAGAAGGUGGGCGGGAGAAGGGGUCUCAGGAACAGCCUGGUCCCUGGCUAGCGGGACAGUGACCUUCUGGGGGAGUAGGGUGACCAGAUGUCCUGUUUUUAUAGGGACAGUCCCAAUAUUUGGUGCCUAUGGCCCUCCACCGCCUAUCCCGAUUUUUCACACUUACUGUCUGGGGGAGAUUGGUGAUCUUUUAUUCCUUGCAAGUAAAAUCACUCACGGAGCUCCACAAAGGGCUGACCUUCAUCCAUGCAGCUGAUUUGACUCGCAAGAACUGCUACUAUUCCAGCACUUUAAAGAAUGCCACCCUAUCCCACUGUAAUACUGACGCUACAGGGAAAAGCAACAAAGGGGGGAAAACUAGGAUACUGUCAAAAUAAAAGUCAUAUAUGUUCUUAGCUUCCGUCCCUGUGUUACAAAUAACAUUGUGGAUAAU